CAAAUGUCAACUUGUCAACCCUAACCUCACUUCAAUUUGUUUUGGUUUGGUUUGAUAUUUUGUCCGCAAUUUUGAUUGGAAAAGUGAACCAGAAAAGCUCAUUCGUCUUUGAGUAUAAAACAGUCCCAUAAAAACUUUUUGUCCUUCAGAAAAUCAUGAGCAAAGCAGUAAACUUACGUGUUCAGUUGCAAAAUGUUAUAGUAUCAGGAGGCUCUCACAAAGACCAAGCAGAAAAGUACAGAGCAGCUCUAGAUGAAAUACUCAAAGGAAGUGAUUCUGAAUUAGUUGAAUGUUUACAGACAUUCAUCGAAGCAAUUGUUAAUGAAAAUGUCAGCUUAGUUAUAUCUCGCCAAGUAUUAACAGAAAUCAGCGCGCAUCUCAUGAAAUUACCUGAUGAUGUAUCGAAAGCCGUGUCCCACUAUAUGUUAGAGAAAGUUCAGCCAAGGGUAAUAUCAUUUGAAGAACAAGUGGCUAGCAUUCGCCAACACUUGGCAGAUAUAUAUGAACGUAACCAGAUGUGGAAAGAUGCGGCCAUCGUAUUGGUUGGAAUCCCUUUGGAAACAGGUCAAAAGCAGUAUACUGUGGAUUAUAAGCUCGAAACAUACCUGAAAAUUGCCAGAUUAUACCUGGAAAAUGAUGAUCCUGUUCAGGCAGAAUCAUUUAUAAAUAGAGCUUCGCUUUUGCAGGCCGAAUCACGAAACGAACAGCUACAAAUUUAUUAUAAAGUUUGUUACGCGAGGGUUUUGGAUUAUCGUAGAAAGUUCAUUGAGGCGGCUCAACGAUACAAUGAGUUGUCUUACAGAAGCAUAGUUCAUGAUGAUGAAAGGAUGACCGCACUUCGAAAUGCCCUAGUCUGCACCGUAUUGGCAUCUGCAGGCCAGCAACGGUCUAGAAUGCUGGCUACACUCUUCAAAGAUGAACGCUGUCAGCAGUUACCAGCUGUAGCAGUUUUGGAAAAAAUGUACUUGGAGAGAAUCAUUCGAAGCGAGAGAGACUCUCCCCCAGUGGGACAAACAGAUUCAGUCGCUAUGCUACCAAGUCAAUUCUAUCAUCGAGAGCAUCUCCAAGAACCACCCUGAAUGGAUUUUGAAAGUUAUGGACGAACAAAUGGUCUCGUAAAUAAUUAACCUUUCUUAGACUGAUUAUUACUCAUAUUGCUUCUGUUCAUCUGAAAUAGGAAUGGUGAAUAAAACAACUAAUAAACUGUAUAAUAUA